AGGUGCCACCAGGGACGGGGACAAGCUCGGGGACAAUCCUGCCCGGAGGUGCCACCUGUGCCAGGCCCGGCCAUGUCGCGCGCGUCCAGAGCUGCCCUCAGAGGGACAUCCCGGGGACACCCCCCGGGGGUGGCGGCGGGCGGCGGGGACACGGCCGAGGGUGUCAUCGACCCCGACAUGGUGGCCUUGUUCGAGGACUUCCUGGGGAAAGAGCUGACGGUGGCCUCCGGGGGGUCGCGGCCGGUGGCCCAGCCGUACCAUUACGUGCUGAGGGACACGGAGCAGCAGGGGCUGUGCCUGCGCCACGGCCACCUGGUGGCCACCAGCCUGCAGGGGGCCAACGCCGCCCUGGAAGAGCCCAUCAGCGUUGUCCCCAACCGGCACCUGGAGCGCCGGCGCUGUCCCCUCAUCGUUGGCAUCCGCGGUGGCACCCGGGCACUGUCCUGUGGCACCGGCCCCGAGCCCCGGCUGAGCCUGGAGGACGUGGGGCUGCUGGAGCUGUUCUCCGGUGACAAGGACAGGGCCACGCCCUUCACCUUCUACAAGACCUUCGGGGGCUCCACGCACACCUUCGAGGCCGCCGCCUUCCCCGGGCUCUUCCUCAGCACGGCCACGGGCCCGGGCGAGGCGCUGGCCCUGGCACCGCCCCCCGGGGCCACCGCCUUCUACCUGCGCCGCAAGUGACACCCAGGGGACAUCCAUGGUGGGACUUCCAUGGUGGAACAUCCUUCCAUGGUGGGACAUCCUUCCAUGGUGGGACACACUUCCAUGGUGGGACAUCCAUGGUGGGACAUCCUUCCAUGGUGGGACAUCCUUCCAUGGUGGGACAUCCAUGGUGCCACCAUCACCGCCUUCUACCUGUGCCACAAGUGAGAGCGCCACCAGCCAGGGACGCCCGUGGUGGGACAUCCAUGGUGGGACAUCCUUCCAUGGUGGGACAUCCAUGGUGGGACAUCCUUCCAUGGUGGGACAUCCUUCCAUAGUGCCACCACCAUCAGCUUCUACCUGCGCCACAAGUGACACCCAGGGGACGUCCAUGGUGGCACCACCUUCCACCUUCCAUGGUGCCACCACCAUCAACUUCUACCUGCGCCUCAAGUGACGGUGAUACCAGCCUGGGAUGUCCAUGGUGGGACAUCCAUGGUGCCACCACCAUCAACUUCUACCUGCACCUCAAAUGACAGUGCCACCAGCCAGGGAUGUCCAUGGUGGAACAUCCAUGGUGCCACCACCAUCAGCUUCUACCUGCACCACAAGUGACACCCAGGGGACGUCCAUGGUGGGACAUCCAUGGUGGGACAUCCAUGGUGGGACAUCCUUCCAUAGUGCCACCACCAUCAGCUUCUACCUGCACCACAAGUGACACCCAGGGGACGUCCAUGGUGGGACAUCCAUGGUGGGACAUCCGUGGUGCCACCAUCACCACCUUCUACCUGUGCCGCAAGUGACAGUGCCACCAGCCAGGGGACAUCCAUGGUGGGAUAUCCGUGGUGGGACAUCCAUGGUGGGACACCCUUCAAUGGUGGAACAUCCAUGGUGGGACAUCCAUGGUGGGACAUCCAUGGUGGGACAUCCAUAGUGGGACAUCCAUGGUGGGACAUCCAUGGUGGGACAUCCAUGGUUGGACAUCCAUGGUGGGACAUCCAUGGUGGGACAUCCAUGGGUUGGGAACAUCAUGGUGGGAUAUCCAUGGUGGGACAUCCAUGGUGGGACAUCCAUGGUGGGACAUCCAUGG